AUGGCAAAGUCGAAGAACCACACGACACACAACCAGUCUCGUAAAGCCCAUAGGAACGGCAUCAAGAAGCCCAGAUCUCACCGCUAUGAGUCCUUAAAGGGGGUGGACCCUAAGUUCCUGAGGAACAUGCGCUUUGCCAAGAAGCACAACAAAAAGGGCUUGAAGGCAGCGAGGAAGGCCGCAGCUGCUGCUGCUGCCGCCGCCACCGCUGCCCCCAUCGCCGCCCCUGCUCAGAAAUGA